AAGCAAGGUGCAUCAAAGAUAAAACGCGUGUGAUAAAAUGAUAACAAUCGCGUUUAAAAAAUAAACAUUAACUACAAUACAAUGUUGGCUGGCGUCAACAUCUCCCUAUAUUCUAGUAUUCCUGUAUCCAUGGAUAAUACUGAUAUUCGUAAUACUCUAAUAAUAAAAUUAGAUAAUAGAAGCACGCUGAUCUUACGUCACAGAUAUCUAUGUCAUAGAAUAAUCUAUAACUUAUUAUCUAUAUCUCUGAUCAUUCGUCAUUCAGUAAUCAGUAUGAUAUAAUACAAUUUAAUUCAUUGAUAAUGUACAGACGUUUAACAAAUAAUUACGAUUCACAAUUUAUUUUUAAAAUUAACUAUAUAAUUCAACAUUGUUUUAGUUCAACAUGUUUUCUAGGAAUAUACUAUAUUUAAAAAACAGUGUUCGAUCAUCAUUUCUAUCCCGAACAUACAGAAAUGUAAAAGCAAAACCUGUUAAACAAUUGAAAAAUGACAAUGUAAAAGGUAAUCCUGGAGGUAAUCGUAUGAUAGCUUUGAUCUUGGAUGGCGAAGCUCCUGAUAUGUCUAAUGUUACAUUGGAAGACAUUGAAAACGGAGAAAAUGAUUUGCUUAAUUCACAUUUAUUUUAUGAUCAACACAUGAAGUAAUUAUUAAUUGAAUAACUUAUAAGUAACGUAAAGUGCAAAUUAUUCAUACUUUGUAUACACUGAACUAUUAAAAUUUAAAGUGGCAUUAAUACGUUUAAGUGUUGAUUUAAAAACUAACAAGUUUAUCAAUUUAAUAUUUUGUUCUGGAUCCACAGUUGAUAGAGUGGAGUUGCCGCCCAUGCCCACCUUAAAAACUUUUUUUUAUUAAUAUUUAAUUUAAUUUAUCUACAGUUAUUAAAAAACUACAUUAUAUGUUGUAUAGCUUAAAUUUCAAAAUCUCAAGAACACUAGCCGGUUCACACACAAAUAUAUUUGACCGUGUGAACCAGACUUAUGGAGUAAACAGUAAUUUGAAUACCUAUUUAAAAUCAUCGUUUUAUGCAUAGAUACUUAUUAUUAUUAUUUAUUGUUUUAUGAACAUCAUAUGCUAUUUAUAUUUAUAAGUAAAUUAAUAUAAAAACAAUCAUGUUAUGACUUAUUCAAUUACAAAAAAUUACACUAUCUACGAAAAAAAAAUAAAAAUCGAGACCAUCUGUGAUAUCUUCGUCAUACAUUUUUUUAAUGACAUUUGUUUUUUCAGUGAAAUAAAACAACAACGAAAAUUUAAAUCAUUUCAAAAUAUUAAACGGAAAUAUUUUAAAAAUAAUGCAGUACAGACAAACUUUUUAACAUAUUUUGAAAAACAACAAAUAAAGAAUUUACAUGAAAAAUCUCCUAAAGAGUGGACCCCGGAAACAUUAUCAACUUGUUUUCCAGCAACUCCAGAAAUAAUAGUUGUGAGUUACAUAAAUUAUCUAUAUACAAUUUUUUCAUUUUAUUAGGUAUAGUGGUCGUGAUAAUCUUAAACCUUCAAUAUUUGUAUAUGGCAUUUCUGUGAUAGGUAAUUACUUCAUAAUCAAUCUUUGGUUUUUUUUUGUUUAUUAUGUAUGAUGUAAUUAUACAUAACUGUUAGUGGGAUAUUGUAUUAGCUAUAUAUAUAUAUAUAUAUAUAUUAUUUACUAUGUAAGUAAUAUCUGCAAUGUGUGUAGGAAUUAUUUAAGAAAAAAAAAAAAUGGUAUUUUAGAAUCUCUAAUAGCCUAAACAAGUGAUGCCAAAAAUCAUUUCAAAUAUUACUAAAACCACUGUAUAUAUAUUCUUAAAACUUAAUUAAAAAAUAAAAGUUACGUGCCUAAAAUUUAAUUUUAAUUUAUAGAAAAUAUUGAAAUCUAAAUGGAUAGCUGAUGAAGGACAGAAAAUAUUAAGACAUGAUAGAUUUGUACAACAAAAUUGGGAACGCUUUCGUAAUGGAUUAUUUAAAGAUAUUUUAUCUAAUGAACAUAAAAAUCAUUUAACCAAAUUUUCAGAUCGCCGUCCUACCUUGAUUACACUAGAACGUAAGUAAAAAUGUGAUUUUGUUUCUAUAGCAUAUAAUUGACUAUAGCAAUAUUAUAAAAUAUACAAUUAAAAUGGUUGUUUGUUAUAAUAAUAAUAAUUUAUUUUAAAUAUUUUAAUAGUAAAUUUAAAUGACUUAGGUAUAAUAAAGAUUAAUUACAUUAAGUUUUUUAUUGAGAAAAUUUUGUAAAUGUUUUAAUAACAAAAUACCACAGCUAUUAUUAACUAUUUAUAUAAUUAGGAAUAUCUAUAGAAAAAAAAAAUAUUGAUUUUUAUUUUCCAGCAUAAUUCAUUUUAUGAUGACAAUAUAGAUUGCAAUAAAUAAAUUAAUUAUUAUAAAAAUGAAAUUGAAGAGUAUGAUUUGUAGGUGACCUAAUAUUUAUUCAAACAAUUUUAAAUACAAAUAUUGAUCAUUAAAAAGCAAAUAAAGUAGGUGAACAAAAUAUAAAUUCCUAAUUUUGUCUCAAGAUUUAAAUAUUAAAAUUACUGUUCAAAUUUUGGAAUAUUAUAUACCUAUUGAAUUUCUUUUUCAAUUUGUUAAUACAUAAUUUUUAUUCAGAUAUUAAAUUAAAAUACACACAAUGGAAAUAUUAUACAAGAUAUUUUUAUAGAUUAUAUUAUAGACCUAUUAACUAAUGGACAGUGUACCAUACUUCCCGUUACAUAUAAACAAUAUAGUGAGUAAGAGGGAUAUAGUUUGGGCCAUAUUUUUCUCAAUCUGUAUUGUCUUAAUGGUUUAUUGAGGAAUUGAGGAUAUGUUGUCCAUUAGUUAAUGUGUUUAGGGAGUAUACACUAUAUGAUGGCGUUCUUAUUUAGAUUUUAUUAUUAAAUUAGAAUUAAAUUACAAUAGCUUCUGAUCUUUUUUCUAUAGUGUUAACUAAAACUACCUAUAUUUUUAUUAAUUACACUUACACAAUAUAUAUUGAUGUAUUACAGAAGCUGAAGCCUUUAUUUCAAAACCAGCUUCAGAUUUUUUAAAGCGUGAAGAAUUUGGUCAAAUAAUUACUAGUUACCUUGGUGAACCUUCUGAUCAAAAUGAACUUACACAAAUUGAAACUAAAGAAGAACCUCAUGUUGAACGAAUUUAUGAAGAUAACACAAUUACUGAUAAAUCAAAGAAACAUUUUACAUUAGAUGAUAUUAAAAAUAAUUCACAAAACAAGUCAUUCAAAUGGUAUAUGCCACAAACCUUGCAGUCAAAUGAAAAAAGUGUUGACAUAGCCACAGUUGAAGCAAGUUUACAAGAGAAUACUAGUGUUAUUUCUCGGAAAGAAGUUUCAACAUAUAUUGAUACAAUGAAUGACUAUCCAUUGGCUAUACGAAUACCUAAACAAGUUUGGAAAGAAGGAUAUAUGUAUAAAGUAAAAGAUUGCUUUUAUGAUGAUAAUGGAGAUUUUUUAUAUAGAGUUCCAGGUUUAAUUACUGAUGGAGAUAGUCAACAAAAAUGCAAAAAUUAGAUUGAUUUAAUUUGUAAAUAUGAUGAACAAAAAUAUUAAUAAAAAAUAUAUUAUCAGUUUAUUGUUUACAUGAAUAAUAAAUUCAAUUUCGCCAAUAAGUAAUAAAUUUACUAUUUGUAAAAACAAAUUAUUUUACAUAAAUAAAAAUAAAAACAUCAGAAAUAAUUGUUUUGUAUUUUAAAUAUUAACAUUUGGUUCUUCAUAUUGAUAAAAAAAAAAAAAAAAAUAGGCCAGAAGUAUUUUUGGUUGCUGUUUAUCUAGGAGUGGUGAUUUUAACAAAUAACCAGGUUUUAAUAGAACAACUAUUAAUACUUCAGGCCAAUCUACUAUAAAUUAAUAUUUGGAAUGAAUAUUUAUUCAUUUUGAACAAAAUAACUUAAAAAUGUGUUUAAAUUAAAUAUUUAUAUAAAAAUGCCAAAAACAGUAACGAUAGCUUGAACUGUUUGAUUUUCCCAUUUAACUGUGCAACUACCAUCUGUUGUAUUAUCCCAAUAACAUGCACUAGCUGUAUGUGUAUCAGCAGCAUCAGAUUUUUGCAUAAUAACACAUGUCACUGCCAAACAAAAUA